GCCCGCGCGAGGCGACAGUUGACUGCGGCGGUUGGCGGUUCGUGUAUCCUCGGCGGUGUUCGCAGCUCUUCUACCUCGCUCACGAUGUCCGGACGCGGCAAGACCGGCGGCAAGGCCCGUGCCAAGGCCAAGUCGCGCUCUUCACGCGCCGGGCUCCAGUUCCCGGUUGGCCGCGUGCACCGGCUGCUGCGGAAGGGCCACUAUGCCGAGCGCGUGGGCGCAGGCGCGCCGGUGUACCUGGCGGCCGUGCUUGAGUACCUCACUGCCGAGAUCCUGGAGCUGGCGGGCAACGCGGCUCGGGACAACAAGAAGACGCGCAUCAUCCCGCGCCACCUGCAGCUGGCCAUCCGCAACGACGAGGAGCUCAACAAGCUGCUGGGCGGUGUGACGAUCGCGCAGGGCGGCGUCCUGCCCAACAUCCAGGCCGUGCUGCUGCCCAAGAAGACCAGCGCCACCGUGGGGCCCAAGGCGCCGGCUGGCGGCAAGAAGGCCUCCCAGGCCUCUCAGGAGUACUGAGGGAGCCCGCGCCGAGGCCGCCCAGCCCUCCCCACACCUCACAAAGGCCCUUUUAAGGGCCACCACCUCCCUCACAGAAAGAGCUGAGCCACUUCGGGCUGCGGCCCGUUCCGCCGCAUCCCCUUCCCUCAGAGCCCUCGCGCGGCCCAGCCCCUCCCCUUCCCCGCACGGCCUCCGGUUCCGACACGGAGAACGCGGGCGCCGCGGCACCUGCCCAUCUCGGAGCUCGCGACAUCGCUUCGCCGACCGGCUGCGCGGAGAGGCUGCAGCGCCUUUGCGAAGUCUCGGCCCCGCGCGAUGACGUACGGCCGAGGUGGGCUUGAAGGUUAAACCCUCCGCGCGACACCCCCGGCGGCUUUUCUAAAGCUUGGUGCUUAGCCCUCGCCUGGACCUCUCGGAAGUGACUUGUUUGCUGGGCUCUGGUGAGGAGAAAUGGAUCGAUCACAUUUGUUUCGUCCGGCGUGUCCCCCUUACUGGCAUCGCAAACCAAGUUGACCCUGUCGUCAUUCGUAGGUCGCUGUGCGGCGUGGCCGGGACAGGAAUCACUGUAAUGUGAACCCGGUAUGUCCAGGAUGCCUCCCGGAAAGGGUCAGGGAGACGCUUUCGGGCCUGCGGACAGAGGAGUUGUGCCUGCCGCAGGGGGCUGGCAGCCGGGCCUAGCCAUCCAUCCAUCCAUCCAUCCCUUGUCCCCAGCGACUCCACUCCACCCCAAACACCUAGAUACCAGCACAAGUCGGUGACUCCCUGUCUGGACUGAGCCUCUGUUGGCUUCUGAACUGGAACUUUUUUUGCAGCUAUUACAAGUUUGGAACCUCAAGUGGGGAGAUUUAAUGGGCUAAUUUUAUUAAAGGAUCGUUCGGUUGUUUUUUUUAAAGAAA